AUGGUGCUUGGAAAAGGUGCAUCGAGUUCAUUGAGCAUGAAUAAGGUUGAUGGAGCUGAAGAAAUGGUUGACAACAGCAACAACUUCACUGUGCUAGUUGCUGAUGAUGAUCCUCUCAUCCAAAAACUCCAUGAAAUGCACCUCAAAAAAUUUGGACUAAAGGUUCAAGUGGUUGAAAAUGGAAAAAAGGCUGUUGAUCUUUGCCAUUUUGGAGCUACUUUCAAUCUCAUUCUAAUUGACAAGGAAAUGCCUGUCAUGGAUGGUGCUGAGGCAACCAAGGAGUUGCAAGCUAUGGGAGUGAAUAGCUUGAUCGUUGGUGUAACUUCCCGUGAUUCACCAUAUGAGAAGCAAGCUUUCAUGGAGGCAGGAUUGGAUUAUUGCUUUGAAAAGCCAUUGACUGCUGAUAAGAUCAACUUUCUUCUCCAAGAGCUCAAUAAGAACAACUGAUCAUGAUCAGUUUGGUUGAAGUUAUUUGACCAUGGAUUAUGUUACUUCUUAAGCCAAAAAAAACUUAAACUUUAUGGCC